AUGUCUGUGCUCACUUAUGUAGUUCUCAUCUGUUUUGCUAUUUUUGGUAUUCAGUAUUGGUUGAAAAAUAAAAGCUAUAUUUUCCAGGCAAAAGAUAUUGAAAAGAUAGCAAGACACCAUGUCGGAAAGGGUAAGUAAUAGGUUUUGUAAUUAUGUUUAUAUACUGUACCUGGCCCGGGUUGUUCAAACGUUCGAUAGCGCUAUCCUUCGGAUAAAAUUAAUUAAUCACUAUCUAGUAAAUAAGUAUUCAGGAAACCAAUUGCACUAUCCACUGGAUAGCGCUAUCCAGCUUUUGAAUUACUGGGGCCUGGGUUUCAGCAGAAAUUACAUGUAUUAGCUCUUCCAAAGUUAGCUUGAUACUCACUCAACGGUCGAGCAUUGUUUUGCUUUCUUGCUUGCAUUUUAGGAAUCCGUUGGUACUUUGUUUGCGGGCCAACGAAUCAAACUUCUGGCCCUGUGUUGUCCUACAUAUAGUAAUCGGCUGAUGCCGCUUAUCCGACGGGCUACCGACAGACACUUCAUUAGCAUAAGAAUUCGGAUUUUGCAUGAAUUCUUGCUAAAGAAGAAAAUACUGUAUUUAACGUUGUCAUAGUUAACAUAGUCGAGUCUCCUUCGCAGCCGUUUUUGUCUCGUCACGCAACGCUCCUCAUUUUUUGCGUUACGUGACGAGAAGAAAACGACCAAAAACGGCUGCGAGGGAGACUAUAGUUAACAUGAAACGAAUAAUUCUUGUGAAGUCAUCCCUUAAUAGUGAUCUUCACUGAAAUAAUAAUUUGUGUACCAUCUCUUAUUUAAACAGAUAAAAGUAUAUCUGCCACAUUUUCCAACAUUGCAUUAGAAAUUGAAAGAAAGUAUCCUGGCCAUGUGUUGCCUGAGGAGGUCAGAGAAUGGCUGUUUAUUAAUGCAGGUGGCUGGAUGGGAUCAAUGUAUGUCUUACAUGCAUCACUUACAGAAUAUGUCCUGUUCUUUGGAACAGCUUUGGACACCCAAGGACAUUCAGGUAUAGCAGUUUGUACAGUUGCCACCCUCAGGUACUGUAAGGGAAUCCUAAUUCAGAAUCUGGGAAAAUUUUGCUUGUGUAAUCCAGAAUCCUGGAUGAAUCAGUGCACGACUACAACGUGAGAAUGCCUAAUUUCAUUUGAGGAUUUAUUUUUAAAAAAGGGGCGAUGAAGUUUUCCCUUUCUUUCUGAAUUUGGGUAUGGUUCUUAGCCUUCUUAGAACUAAGCAUGUUGGAAUAAUGGUGAUAGAGAUUGAAAGAAUGCAAAUUCACUUUUUAAGUGACGUUUUUUUUCACUGUGCCGUCGCUAUCGUGGUUAUACAGAAUAUCCUUAUUUUUCAGCGAGAUAUAGGCUUUCAAUGAAAAAUAAGCAAGAUGUUCAUCAUUAUUUGUCUUCUUUUCAUUCAGGACGUUACUGGGCUAACAUUUCUGAUACCAUACUCACUGGAUCAUAUCGUCAAUGGUCAGAGGGUCGUUUUGGCAGCCGUGUGUAUUCCCCUGGGGAAACUGUGUAUCAUACUUGGGGUGACGUCACAGCAAUGCAUUGGACAGCUGGAACGUGGAUGGUGGAAUAUGGGCGUGGCUUUAUUCCUUCCACGCUCGGAUUUGCUUUGGCUGAUUCUAUUUUUAGCACAACGGAUUUCAUCCAGAUUUUCAAAAUUGCUAGAAUGUACGCAAGAGCUUUAGUCCAGGAAACAUUGUUUCAGGUUUUUGAAUUUAUUGAAAUGAUGAAGAAGUGAUGUUUGUCAUAGCGUCUCGGUCUGUAUUUGCAUUGAUUUGUUUACUAAAAUGACCCUCUGCUGCACACAGCCUAUGGACUUAGAUAUGUGUUGAGUCAGAAGCCCAUAAACAGGAGCGAGCAACUCCCAUACUAGGCCUAUGUCACGGUGUUUUUACGGACCAGUUUAUUUCUAGACAGAUUUUAGGGCACUUUUUCCCGUGAAAAUAGAAUCUCCAGCAUGUCUAUGAGCACAUUUGAAGUAAAAGAUAUCAAAAAGGAAACUAAACGAAAAUAUCAUUUUUAAGUCAGUCUGUAGGUUUUGCUGACUGGUUUGUGGAAUUUAAAUGAUAUUCAAAAUUCGCACCAAAACCGUUCUAAAAAUAGGCUGGUCUCUGAAAACCCUGUGACACGAUUGCGUGGAAGUUGCUUAUGGGCUCCGCAGCCUCAGUAAAGUCUUAGAUCCUGUGUGAAAUGCAGUAGGUAACACGGAGGUGUAUACAACUCUUGAGUGAGAGUAGCCCUAUGUUUAAUAGUAACCGACACAAGCUACUACUAGCAGUGUUCAAAGCUAGCUCAAAGUCUGUGAUAACUUAAAAAUACAAUGCGCUGUAAAGCAAAACAGAU